AUGAUCACGAGAAAGGUGGUCAAACAGGGGCUGGCCAUGCUCAUGCUGGCAGGCGAUGCAGUUGCUCAAUAUCCAUCUACGUGGAUGCCACAAGACGUUGUUACAUAUUUCUGCUCUCGCUGGUAUCAUCAGUCCAUCGUCAAGGAUGAUAUACUAUACCUAUAUGGCGGUGCACAGACGUUUGUUGCACCAGGCUCCAACACAAAUUCGAACAACAAUCCACUUGGUUACAAUCCUUUUAUGUUACAACUUGAUCUUAGACAGUCGUGGGACUGGUUGACGAAUAUUUCAUGGCAUGCCUUCGAAACCACACCGAAUCCAAGAACUGGCGCCAGGGUGAAACAGGCUAUGGUCAAAGGAUCGUUGUUCCAUGGUCCCUACAGCAGUCCUGAAAUCUGGACAUAUGGUGGAACCCUGUUCAGAGGUAACGAUACUUUCCUCAUGUCUGUCAGCCCGAACGCAUUCCGCGAUCAGAGCAACGUCUACCCGCUUUGGUCAUUCGAUAAUAAGACCAAUUUGUGGAAUCAAUAUGAUAUCGGUACCCUAAAUACUCCAAGCUACGGGUCUUCGACGGAGGCUCCUGAUCAAGGCUUAGCAUUCUACCUUCAUGGACAAACAGACAACGGUACGAAUACCGACGCCAGACUUUCAGGCGACAUUCAAAUUUUGCUCGACGGAAUGAUUGUCAUAGAUCUUGCGCGCCACACAUCGAGAAACGUUUCGACAACGGGUAUGAAGGAUCCGCAACCUCGCCUUGGUGGCGGUCUGCAAUACGUUCCAGGCAUCGGAAGAGAUGGACUGCUUGUAGCACUGGGUGGUAAAGUCCUUGAUGGAACCCAACCUGUGACAUCGCAGAGUCGCGGACGAUUACUGAGCUUCGACGAUGUCGAUGUUUUCGACCUUGCAUCAUAUACUGCAGCAAAUGGCAAUAGCACCUGGUAUACACAAUCGACUUCUGGCGAUAUUCCUCCGGCACGUAUCAACUCUUGCACUGUCCUCGCUUCAGCCCCAGACAACUCAUCGCACAACAUAUUCCUAUAUGGAGGCUGGGAUCCAACAGGUGACAGCAUCAAAUACUACGACGAUAUUCAUGUCCUUUCACUACCAUCCUUUACAUGGGUCAAGGUCUUCCAGGGUGAUUCCCCUCGAUACGGCCAUACUUGCCAUCUCGCAGGAGGGCGUCAGCUUCUCACUCUGGGGGGAAGCACGCAACACGGGGAAGAUGUAGACAUUUGCGAUUGGGAAAGCAAAUCUAUUGCCAUCUUGGAUCUGCCGACAAUGACCUGGGGCAGCAUCUUUUCUGCAGGUCAUAAGCCAUACGAACUGAGCGAUGGUCUGGUAGCCAAGCUUGGCGGUUCAGCGCAGGGGAAUGCCACAACAAUAACGCCUGUUCAGGGCUGGGCAUCAGAAGACUUUGAACAUGUCAUGCGCAUCUCCAGGACCUAUUCAGAUAUGAAUGGAACAAUGGAAGUCUUCGACCCAUUUGCACCGCAGACAUCAGGGACCAGUCCAUCAGGAACAAGUUCACCAGAAAUGGUCUCAUCAGGGAUGAGUCCCAAAACUCGAGCCGCGAUUAUCACUAGCGUAACAGUUGUUGGUGUAGCUAUUCUCGUAGGCAUUGUGUGGCUUAUCUGCAUGAGGCGUAAGAAACGCAUCAGCGCUGCUCGCUCAAAUAAUGCCUAUGAGGUUGAGGAGAAGCCCAAGUUCGAAUUGCCACCUAAAGAGAGGCCAUUGUACGAGGUGACUGGGGAAGGGUACAUGCAUGAAGCCACGGAUGGGACCGUUAGGUUUGAGGCGGACAGGUCGAACGUCGUGCCCAACGCAGUUGAGUUGCCAGCCGAGUUGCUAGCCGAACUACCAGCCGAAGUGCCAGCCGAAUUGCCAGCCAUUAGCUAUGGCGAGAAAGAGAAAGAGAAAGAGAAAGAGAAAGAAACGUGGGAGUCACCUGUUACCACAACACCUAGUCGCACCGUUACCAAAUACGUCGAAUACGACAAGGACGGAAACAUUAUAAAAGAUAGAAACGACAUAAACGACGGAACGCAACAAUAUAGAAAAUGA